GCGAGUGCGGAGCAAGAAGAGGCCUGUGACUCCAACGACCUCCACUACUGCAGCCUGUAGCGCCAAACCACGCGAGAUUUGACCCCCAUCCCCACCUGCACCGCUAUGGCCCCCUCUCCAAUCUCGCGAGAUUAGCCCUCGCCCCCCUCCCAGUCUCGCGAGACUAGCCCUCGCCCCCUCCACCUCUCGCUCCCCUCCAUCACGCCCUUGCCGGGACAUAAUCUCGCGAGAGUUGGCAACGCCGGAGCGUCGAAACCAUAGCAACCGGAUGCUGAGGCGACGGCGGGGAGGCCGAGCGAGAUGUCCAAGAUAGUCCUCUGUGACCCGACGGAGCUCUACAAUAUCCUGAACCAGGCCACGAAGCUCUCUAGGUUAACAGAGCCCAACUACCUGUGUUUACUGGAUGCCCGCACCCAGAGGGACUACAAUGAGAGCCAUGUCAUCACCGCCCGCCGGGUGAAGCAGAAAGGGAACGAAUACCUGCCUCCGGAAUCGGUUGACUUGGAGUGCGUGAAGUACUGCGUCGUGUACGACAGUAACACAAGCUCCCUGGAGGACUUGUAUGAACUGGAUGAAGACGAGGAGGAGGACGAGGGAGACGACGAUGGGGAUUGCCAAGGGCCUGUCCUGGGGGCGGCCAUCGAGUGCGCCCGAGUCCUGAAACACAUCACCUGUCACCCGGUCUACAUCCUCAAGGGCGGCUAUGAGAGAUUCUCCUCCGCUUACCACUUCCUCCGCUCCCAGAAGGAGUUCUGGAUGCCCCAGGAACUGGACGCAUUCCAGCCGUAUCCCGUGGAGAUCGUGCCGGGCCGGAUAUUCCUGGGAGACUUCAGGCAGGCCUGCGAUCCGCAGAUCCAGAAGGACCUGAAGAUCAAAGCCCACGUCAACGUCUCCCUGGAAGCGGGACCCCUAGGCUCACAUCGCCCUGGGGUCGGCGAUCCUGGUUUUCUCAAGAAGAGGCAUAAGUCGAAGCUGUGCUGCCGUCGUGGCCUACCUGAUGCACAAGGAACGGCAGACUUUGAAGAGGUCGUGGGCGCACAUGCUGAAGUGCAAAGCUACCAUGCGGCCCAACCGGGGCUUCGUGCGGCAGCUGUCCGACUGGGAGAGGAGGAUCCAUGGGGCCACCAUCACCGACAUCUCGGACCCGCACUACUGAGCCCCCCGGCUGGGGACGGCAAGCGGGACGGACUGCCCCGACCCCCCUGCCGCCUAUCCUUCUGGGGCGGGGAGCGAUGGAUGUUCCCUCCGCCCAGCCCUCUACUUUCUCCCCGGCGAAGGGGCCGCCCCCUCACCUCUUCCUCUUCGUCACUAAGGGUCCCCGCCGUCCCCGGAUUGAAGAUCCAAACGCACCUUUCUCUCCGCUCCCCUCCAUUUCAUCCCCCGACCCGACGACCUCUCGCAAAGUCAGGGACUGGGUGGGAUGGGGGGGCACCCUGUUAGGUUUUCCCACCCAAAUGGGACACGCAACCCACCCCCCCAGCCCUAACGGCUGGGUAUCUGGACCAGAUCGGCCCGCUUGCCACUUGGCACCGGCCCACGUCGUCCCACCCGCUGUCUGGUCCUCCCCAGAGUGGGCCCGCGGAUCUCCAAAUUGAGCUGGAGUUGGGUGGGGGCUCCCAAAGGCCCCUGCCCUCACCCCCAUCCGCCCCAAGCUGGUGGCAUGGGCUACCGGCUAGACGCUCCCCAGCCUCCCCGCUCUCCUGGCAUCAUUUCUGUCGGAGCAGCCCCCAUCGUCACCCGGGACUAUCAACCUUAGAUUUUUAACUCCAUUAAGAUAUAUCCCCGAAUCACCUAUAGAAUAACUGUGUACGUGGGCUGGCUGAGAGAGAUUGAGAAAGAGAGAAUGAAUGAGAAUAAAGAGUGAGAUUAUCUUGCCUCAGCCCUACUUCUGUUUCUGACCCAGACCCAAUUAGACCUCCACCCACAGGGGGAAGUACAUA